UUUUAUUACGGUUUGUACGGUGUGCACCAUACGACCCUGUUAUGAUCACAUGGUCAAGUCUAUUAAUCUGACGACUACAGCGAUAUGAUGACAUUUCAUGAAAGGUUUACCGUGUAUGCUUAACUGUAAGUAAAACCCAGUAUCCCUUAGUGAUCUUUAAUAAGUGUUUUGUCGGCCAGAAGACGAAGAGACCAACAAUACCAGCGGUAUAAUCAAAGACCUUCUGUCAGCGCGGUACCAGGAAGUAAGUUACAACUUUAGGGCAAAAUCAACCGUCCAGCCCAGUCAGCAAUAACCAAAUGUGUCUGUUAUUUGAGAUUGUAUGUCAAGGUCUGUUUUUUGUUCGCUCCAGUGUGAAAGCUAGUUAGCUAACUAGCUAUAUUCUUUACAUUUUGAAAUGUGUUCUGGGUUUAUUGCUCUGCUUUCUGACAGUCUUAAGGAGGAAUGUAGGCCUAAUCUUAGCCUAGGAAGCAGAUAGUGCAUUGGCGCUAGAUCUGCACUAUCGUCGUAAGCUCGAUGUGCAUUCCAUGUAAUACAUACACUCAUGUCUACCAGUGGACCGGCUCCUACAUAAAGCAUCCUCCAUUCAGGAUGUAAAGGCAUCGUUUUCCUCCUUAAAGAUGCAUGUUGCAGAAAUUGCCUAAUUUCAGUUUAUGUGACAAAACAAGCAAAUAUAAUGUAGAGAAACAUUGUACCGUGUAAACCGCUGUGAAAUAUAUUUUCCAUAACCAAAAAUAUUGUAUUUUCAGCUGUUUGAAACUGGUGUACAAAACCGAAAGUAAAAGACGCAAAUAAUACACUUAUAAACGGGAAGCAUAAAAAUAGUGCACAUACAGUAGCAUGAAAAUGUAUGCACUCAUUACUGUAAGUCGCUCUGGAUAAGAGCUUCUGCUAAAUGACUCAAAUGUAAAUGUAAAAUAGAACAGAUCUUUCGCUUCUUAGACUUGGUUUCAAUAAGAAUGACAGAUCUAUAACUGAAUUUUGGCAGGUCAACCAAAAAGUUACAAAUUGUAGCUUUAGUGGAAAAGGUGUAAAAAUAUCAGAUUUUGUGUAUCAUCAGAAAGUAACUAGCAUUCCUAGGCAUUAGCCACUCUAGCAUCAUGGUGAAAAUUGUGUUUUACAAAGAACAUAUGCAUAUUUACCUCGUUUAGGUCAACCAAAAAGUUACAAAUUGUAGCUUUAGUGGAAAAGGUGUAAAAAUAUCAGAUUUUGUGUAUCAUCAGAAAGUAACUAGCAUUCCUAGGCAUUAGCCACUCUAGCAUCAUGGUGAAAAUUGUGUUUUACAAAGAACAUAUGCAUAUUUACCUCGUUUUUUUCUGCCGUUAUAGUUAGUUAAGGAGGAAAGUGAUGCUUUUGCUGAGGAGUAUUUUUGUAAUAAUGUAUAAUUUUUUUGUUUUUCUCAAUCAGAUUGGGUGGGCCUGGCUCACCAAUGCCUACGCCACUGGUAUUUACAAUACAGUAUUUAGUUUGCAUAUAACCUGCCCAUUCCACUCCUUCAUACCCUAAUUUGUGCCACCCAUAACUGAGAAGCCUACAUGCCAAGUAUAUACUAUAUAUUGUGUUCCCUACAGGUUACAGAAAGCAGAACCUCUGAGCUAUCUGUGCAGACCUCAGUCCUAGCUACCUACUGGUUAUGGAAAAUGUGCUCUUUGAGUAUUUUGUCGAGUAGGUUUCCUCAAGGAGAAAGCCCCCACUGCAAUGUCAAAGAUAAUCAAACAAAAGCACUAUCAUAAAUACUACAGUAAUGUCUGUAAAAACACUACAGUAAAUACAACAGUCUGCAAAAACACUACAGUAAAUACAACCGUAUACUACAGACCGCAGAAACACUACAUUAAUUACUAUAGUAUAUACUCCAGUUUUUUACUACAGUAUUUAUACUAUAGUAAACAAUAAAUACCACUGUAUACUACGGUCAUGUCCGCAACUCUACAGUAAAUACUACAGUAUUCACUGUAGUGUUUUUGCAGACUUUUGUCCUGUUAAUACUACAGUUAAGUCUGAAAAAAACUACAGUGAAUAAUAUAGUAUUUAUACCAUAGACAGGUUGGUUGUUUAGCAACAAAACCGACACGUGCGCAACAAUGGGGCAAAACAGGCUGGGUUGGUUUAGAGUGUUGACAACAUGUAAACUAUAUUUCAUCUCCAAUGUUUAUAGAAAACAUAAUUAAAGUUGCACAAUGAAUACUUGUUUUCUCUCAAAUACAUUGUUACAGUUGUUGGUUAGCUAGCUAGCAAAUGUAUGCCUUAUUAGUAUAGACGUGACAUCAGUCAAAACCCAUCAAAACAAGACAUGGUACACUACAUGACCAAAAGUAUGUGGACAUCUGGUCGUCGAACAUCUCAUUCCAAAAUCAUGGGCAUUAAUAUGGAGUUGGUCCCCCUUUGCUGCUAUAACAGCCUACACUCUUCUGGGAAGGCUUUCCACUAGAUGUUGGAACAUUGCUGCGGGGACUUGCUUCCAUUCAGCCACGACCAUUAGUGAGGUCGGGCACUGAUGUUGGGUGAUUAUGCCUGGCUUGCAGUAGGCAUUCCAAUUCAUCCCAAAGGUGUUCGAUGGGGUUGAGGUCAGGGCUCUGUACAGGCUAGUCAAGUUCUUCCACACCGAUCUCGACAAACCAUUUUUGUACGGACCUCGCUUUGUUUACAGGGGGCAUUGUCAUGCUGAAACAGGAAAGGGCCUUCCACAAACUGUUGCCACAAAGUUGGAAGCACAGAAUCGUCUAGAAUGUCAAUGUAUGCUGUAGCGUUAAGAUUUCCCUUCACUGGAACGAAGUGGCCUAGCCCGAACCAUGAAAAAAAGCCCUAGACCAUUGUUCCUCCUCCACCAAAAUUUACAGUUGGCAUUAUGCAUUCAGGCAGGUAGUGUUCUCCUGGCAUCCGCCAAACCCAGAUUCGUCUGUCAGACUGCCAGAUGGUGAAGUGUGAUUCAUCACUCCAUAGAACGUGUUUCCACUGCUCCAGAGUCCAAUGGCAGCGAGCUUUACACCACUCCAGCCGACACUUGGCAUUGCGCAUGGUAAUCUUAGGCUUGUGUGCGGCUGCUCGGCCAUGGAAACCCAUUUCAUUUAGCUCCCGACGAACAGUAAUUGUGCUGACGUUGCAUCCAGAGGCAGUGUGGAACUCGGUAGUGAGUGUUGCAACUGAGGACAGACGAUUUUCACGCGCUACGUGCUUCAGCACUCGGCAGUCCCGUUCUGUGAGUUUGUGUGGCCUACCACUUUGCGGCUGAGCCGUUGUUGCUCCUAGACGAAAUUUGACGAACUGACUUGUUGGAAAGGUGGCAUCCUGUGACGGUGCCACGUUGAAAGUCAUUGAGCUCUUCAGUAAGGCCAUUAUACUGCCAAUGUUUGUCUAUGAAGAUUGCAUGGCUGUGUGCUCGAUUUUAUACACCUGUCAGCAACGGGUGUGGCUGAAAUAGCCGAAUCCACUAAUUUGAAGGGGUGUCCACAUACUUUUGUAUAUAUUAUGUAUCAAGAACAAUAUAUAACUAUCUGAAAGGAGCCACUUAUGAAUCCCCAGAUGGCAGCUUUCUUGUCAUUGUUGCUAGUUGUCUGGCCAUCCAGAAUCCCAACAAUCACACAUACUUUUGCCCCGUUGAAGCAUCCACAUAGUUUCCGUGACGUUGUCAGCUAACCCAUCUAUAGUAUUUUUUUCAUGUGGGUGCCCUUGUCUUGCUCUCUGGGUGUGGGUGUUUGUGGUAUUGUCUGUGCGUGGAAGAUGGGGCUGUUUAAAAAUCCCCAUAAGAAUGCAAAAAAUGACAAAUUUCUGUUUCACAAUGGACAAAGAAAGUUGUAUGGUUUUGUAUUUAAUUGUACAUAUUUGUUUGUGUUUCACUCCAGGCUGAGCUACCGCAGUUGAGUGAGGAGGAUGCGUUCCCGACAGAGGGGGGGAGGUCAGCUGGGCCUAAUCCUCCUGGCCUCCCAGGUCUUCCAGGUGGGGGUGGAGAACAUUCCCCCUGUGACGCUGGCUGUGUUGUGCCUUAACGUCUACCUCUUUCUGGUGCCCACCUUACCCAUCCUCCAGGCCUGCAUCAGCGUCCAGCAGGCCUACUGGGGUGGGGACUGGCGCCGACUCGUGCUGUCGCCGCUGCACCACCUAGACGAGUGGCACCUGUACUACAACAUGGCAUCCUUCCUGUGGAAGGGCGUCAAGCUGGAGCCCCGGCUGGGCAGCAGCUUCUACGCCUGCCUUCUGGCUGUUUUCUCCCUGCUGACGGGCGUGAUUUAUCUGCUUCUGGAGAUGGGGCUCUCGGAGAUCACCCAGGACCCCUCUUACAACAUACAGUGUGCAGUCGGCUUCUCAGGUACUAGCUAGCUACAGUGUCAGUGUGUUUGUUGUUAUGCUGCUGAGGGAGGUUUCUGUCCAUCCUCACAAUAGUUUGGGUCACGGGAGUUUUUUGACCAGGAAAACCCGAGGUCCUAGUUAUAGACCUAGCCUAAAUGUGAAUGGGCCUCUGUUGGUCAGUAAAAAGGGUUUCAACUCUGUGAAUUUGCUUCCUGAAUUGAAAACUGAAUUGGCCCCAAUCAUGCUGUGCUGUGAGUGGCAUGGUGAGACUGAACUGUCUGUCCUGUGUUGUAGGAGUGCUUUUCGCUCUGAAAGUGCUGAGUAACCACUACCACCCGGGAGGUGUCUCCUAUGUGAUGGGCGUCCCAGUGGCCAAUCGCUACGCCAGCUGGGUCGAGCUGGUGCUGAUUCAUGUAAUGUCCCCGGGGUGAGUUGUUCUUUGUCGCAGGAGUAGUCAGUUGCACAGUAAACACAUGGUCUAUGUCUACAGACUUUUCCCCCAGCCCAGCUCUCACAAGUUUCCAAUAAGAAAUGCAAAAACUUUUUUUUUUUUUUUACCAUUGUGUGCCCUAAUUAACAUGACCCAGGGUUCAUCGUAAGUUCACUAGACAGUCUCUUAUCAUCCAAAUAGAGGGCUGUGUCAAAUAGUUCUAAAUGAAAGCUUACAGACAUAACUAAAACUAAAAGCAUUGUAUUUGGGAUAAAUAAUUAACUAAACGCUAAACCUCAACUACAUCUCGUAAGGAAUAAUGUGUAAAUUGAGCAAGUUGAGGUGAGGUGGAGUAACCCUGGAUUGUAAACUGUCAUGGUCAAAACAUAUUGAUACAACAUUAGCUAAGAUGGGGAGAAGUUUGUCCAUAAUAAAGCGCUGCUCUGUCUUCUUAACAACACUAUCAACAAGGCAGGUCCUACAGGCCCUAGUUAUGUCGCACCUAGACUACUGUUCAGUCAAGUGGUCAGGUGCCACAAAGAGGGACUUGGGAAAAUUACAGUUGGCUCAGAACAGGGCAGCACGGCUAGCCCUUAAAAGUACACAGAAAGCUAACAUUAAUGACAUGCAUGUCAAUCUCUCAUGGCUCAAAGUGGAAGAUAGAUUGACUUCAUCACUACUUGUUUUUGUAAGAAGUGUUGACAAGCUGAAUGUACCGAGCUGUCUGUUUAAACUACUAGCACACAGCUCGGACACCCAUGCAUACCCCACAAGACAUGCCACCAAAGGUCUCUUCACAGUCCCCAAGUCCAGAACAAACUUUGGGAGGCGCACAGUACUACAUGGAACUCUAUUCCACAUCAGGUAACUGAUGCAAGAAUCAGAUUAAAAAUAAAAAAAAACUGGUAAAAAUACACCUAAUGGAACAACGGGGACUGUGAAGAGACGCACACAAAUGUACAGAGACAUGCAUAUGCACACAUUGUGAUAUUGUUGUAUGGUGGUAUUAAACAUUUUGUAUUGUAGAUAUGUAGUGGUGUAAUAAUGUUAUAUGAUGUACUGUUUUAUCUUUUGUUUUAUAUGUAAUAUAAGUGCUUUAGGCAUUUUUCCUAUUUUGUUGCCUUACAACCUGGAAUUAAAAUUAAUUUUUUGGGGGUUUGUAUCAUUUGAUUUACACAUCUUGCCUACCACUUUGAAGAUGCAAAAUAUUUUUUAUUGUGAAACAAACAAGAAAUAAGACAAAUAAACGUAACUUGAGCGUGGAUAACUAUUCACCCCCCCCCCAAAGUCAAUAAUUUGUGGAGCCACCUUUUGCAGCAAUUACAGUUGCAAGUCUCUUGGGGUAUGUCUCUAUAAGCUUGGCACAUCUAGCCACUGGGAUGUUUGCCCAUUCUUCAAGGCAAAACUACUCCAGCUCCUUCAAGUUGGAUGGGUUCCGCUGGUGUACAGCAAUCUUUAAGUCAUACCACAGAUUCUCAAUUGGAUUGAGGUCUGGGCUUUGACUAGGCCAUUCCAAGACAUUUAAAUAUUUCCCCUUAAACUACUCAAGUGUUGCUUUAGCAGUAUGUUUAGGGUCAUUGUCCUGCUGGAAGGUGAACCUCCAUCCCAGUCUCAAAUCUCUGGAAGACUGAAACAGGUUUCCCUCAAGAAUUUCCCUGUAUUUAGCGCCAUCCAUCAUUCCUUCAAUUCUGACCAGUUUCCCAUUCCCUGCCAAUGAAAAACAUCCCCACAGCAUGAUGCUGCCACCACCAUGCUUCACUGUGGUGAGAGGUGUUGGGUUUGCGCUAGACAUAGCGUUUUCCUUGAUGGCCAAAAAAUCUGACCAGAGUACCUUCUUCCAUGUGUUUGGGGAGUCUCCCACAUGCCUUUUGGCGAACACCAAACGUUUUUUCUUAUUUUUUUCUUUAAGCAAUGGCUUUUUUCUGGCCACUCUUCCGUAAAUCCCAGCUCUGUGGAGUGUAUGGCUUAAAGUGGUCCUAUGGACAUAUACUCCAAUCUCCACUGUGGAGCUUUGCAGCUCCUUCAGGGUUAUCUUUGGUCUCUUUGUUGCCUCUCUGAUUAUUGCCCUCCUUGCCUGGUCCGUGAGUUUUGGAGGGCGGCCCUCUCUUGGCAGGUUUGUUGUGGUGCCAUUUUUUUCUUUCAAUUUUUUAAUAAUGGAUUUAAUGGUGCUCUGUGGGAUGUUCAAAGUUUCAGAUAUUUUUUUAUAACCCAACCCUGAUCUGUACUUCUCCACAACUUUGUCCCUGACCUUUUUGGAGAGCUCAUUGGUCUUCAUGGUGCUGCUUGCUUGGUGGUGCCCCUUGCUUAGUGGUGUUGCAGAUUCUGGGGCCUUUCAAAAAAGGUGUAUAUAUACUGAGAUCACGUGACUGAUCAUGUUAAACUUAGAUUGCACACAGGUGGACUUUAUUCAACUAAUUAUGUGACUUCUGAAGAUAAUUGGUUGCACCAGAUCUUAUUUAGGGGCUUUAUAGCAAGGGGGGUGAAUACAUAUGCACGCACCACUUUUCCGUUUAAUUUUUUGAAACAAGUUAUUUUUUUCAUUUCACUUCACCAAUUUGGACUAUUUUGUGUAUGUAAAAAUCAAUUUAAAUUACAGGUUGUAAUGCAACAAAAUAGGAAAACGCCAAGGGGGAUGAAUACUUUUGCAAGGCACUGUAUGUAAUAUUUGCGUUAAUUCCGAUUUUAUUUAUAGGGAAUCCAUAACAUCUUGAAGUACAGUAUAACAAGUAUUCAGACCCUUUACUCAGUACUUUCUUGAAGCACCUUUGGCAGCGAUUACAGCCUUGUGUCUUCUUGUGUAUAACGCUACAAGCUUGGCACCCCUGUAUUUGGGGAGUUUCUCCCAUUCUUCUCUGCAGAUCCUCUCAAGCUCUGUCAGGUUGGAUGGGGAGUGUCGCUGCACAGCUAUUUCCGGUCUCUCCAGAGAUGUUCUAUAGGGUUCAAGUCCGGGCUCUGGCUGAGCCACUCCUGCGUUGUCUUGGCUGUGUGCUCAGGGUCGUUGUCCUGUUGGAAGGUGAACCUUCGCCCCAGUCUGAGGUCCUGAGCGCUCUGGAGCAGGUUUUCGUCAAGGAUCUCUCUGUACUUUGCUCCGUUCAUCUUUCCCUCGAUCCUGACUAGUCUCCCAAUCCCUUCCGCUGAAAAACAUCCCCACAGCAUGAUGCUGCCACCACCAUGCUUCAUCGUAGGGAUGGUGCCAGGUUUCCUCCAGACGUCACGCUUGGCAUUCAGGCCAAAGAGUUAAAUCUUGGUUUCAUUUGACCAAAUAAUCUUGUUUCUCAUGGUCUGAGAGUCUUUAGGUGCCUUUUGGCAAACUCCAAGCGUGCUGUCAUGUGCCUUUUUACUUCUGCCUGGCCACUCUACCAUAAAGGCCUGAUUAGUAGAGUGCUGUAGAGAGGGCUGUCCUUCUGGAAGGUUCUCCAUCUCCACAGAGGAACUCUGGAGCUCUGUCAGAGGGACCAUCGGGUUCUUGGUCUCCUCCCUGACCAAGGCCUUUGUCCCUCGAUUGCUCUGUUUGGCCGGGCGGCCAGCUCUAGGAAGAGUCUUGUUGGUUCCAAACUUCUUCCAUUUAAGAAUGAUGGAGGCCACUGUGUUCUUGGGGAUCUUCAAUGCUGCAGACAUUUUUUGGUACCCUUCCCCAGACGCAAUCCUGUCUCUGAGCCCCAAGGACAACUCCUUCGACCCAUGGCUUGGUUUUUGCUCUGACAUGCACUGUCAACUGUGGGACCUUAUAUAGACAGGUAUGUGCCUUUCCAACUCAUGUCCAAUCAAUUGAAUUUACCACAGGUAGACUCCAAUCAAGUUGUUGAAACGUCUCAAGGAUGAUCAAUGAAAACAGGAGCUCAAUUUCGAGUCUCAUAGAAAAGGGUCUGAAUACUUAUGUAAAUAUGAUAUUUAUGUUUAUUUCUAAACAUUUCUUAACAUUUCUAAAAACCUGUUUUCACUUUGUCAUUAUGGGGUAUUGUGUGUAGAUUGAUGAGGAAAUGUUUUUUAAAAUCCGUUUUAGAAUAAGGCUGUAAUGUAAAAAAUGUGAACAAAGUCAAUGGGUCUGAAUACUUUCCGAAAACGCUCUGUAUGUAGAUAUCUUUGUUAGAAAGAAUACUAUAUUUCCCUUGGCAGAGUGAUUCUGAAUGUAAAAAAAUUGCCAAUUUAACCCACUGUCCCCUAGGAUUGUUGAGAGUUCACAACCUCACUAGCGGGUCUGUAAUGCCUGAUAAGUGUGUGUUUAUACAGUGUCCGUGAUGUGAGAAGUGUGCGUAUGGUGGUGUAAUAACAGCGCUCGUCUUGACAGAACAGAUCUUGUUUCCCUAAAGUAGUGUGCUGUGCAUAUGUUUAAUUACGGAGUCGUGUGUGUCAUGUAACUCAUAACACGUUCCUCUGUGCAGGACCUCCUUUGUGGGACACCUGGCAGGCAUCCUGGUGGGGCUUCUCUACACCGCUGGUCCUCUGAAGAUCAUCAUGAGCUCAAUUGCAGGUUUGUAGCUUAGUGGUUAAGAGCGUUGUGCCAGGAACCGAAAGGUCGCUGGUUCUAAUCCCCGAGCCGACUAGGUGAAAAAUCUGUCGACGUGCCCUUGAGCAAGGCACUUAACCCUAAUUGCUCAUGUAAGUCGCUCUGGAUAAGAGCGUCUGCUAAAUGACUAAAAUGUAAAAUGUCUGUGGGCAACAUUUUCCUCUCGCUAAAACAUGCGCAACGAGUUAAAAAACCUGUGCAAUGACGAGUUCUGUCUUUUUGUCUCACCUGCAUUUGUGUCUGCACGGAUCCUGUAAAACUUUGGACCUGUGUAGGUGGAGCAUAAAAUGGGAGUGUCAAGGAGAGGUGUGGAGGAGAGUAUGCAUAUGAGCAUUUCCACAUAAAGUGUAUAUAUUACUUUGAAUGACUUUAUCAAGCAGCUAAGAGACUAGAUUAAAAUGGGGACAAUUGUGACCGACCAGCUCGAUUCGGUCUUAUGUAGCAAAAUUUUAAAUAUUGUUUUUUUACAAUGGAUAAAAGUAGAGCUAUAAAAUUGUAUGUCAUACACUACAGUUGAGGAACAGUGAGAAAGUCAUUCUGCUUUGAAGGUUGAUAAACUUGUAACCCCACUUUUGAGAAAAUGACCCUUGAAUGUUUUGGUACACGUUCUGGAGAGCUCUUCUUUGUCUACACCCAUUCAGCAUCGUUCAAUCCCUCUUAAGCCCCACCCAUCUCUUUAAGGAUUCACAUGUGAGGCCAUGUGCUAAAGACUAAAGGCUGGUUUAUACUACAUCUAUCGACAUGUCUGUAUAAGGUUGUCAUUCAUUAUUACAGGAAAAUAAACUCACAACAAGAUCAUUAUUUACAUCUUAGCAAGCUAGCUAAACGAUUAACCAUAGUCCCAACUCAUAACGUUACUACCCUGCAUGAAUCUACAGGUAGCUAAAUGCUAACCAACUAGCUAGGUUAAAUGUUAGCUAGCUAGCUAACAUUAGGCUAUAACUAGCAAUGCAAAGGGCUCUGAGAUUGCUAUAACUAGCAAUGCAAAUGGCUCUGAGAUACAAGUAAUAUUACUACACAGAUCAUACACGUAACGUUAGCUAGCGAGCCAGCCAGCUAACGUUAGCUAGCUAGCUAACGGUACGCUUUAAUUUGCCAUUAAAAUGACAAUUUCGGACAAUUUUAAACGUAUAAUAUCUGAAAAUGUAGCUAGCUAGACUCUCUUACCUGUAUACAUGGAUGAACGCUUCUCCCUCUCUGUCACAGAUACCAUGGUUGCCCUUAGUUUGAAGAUGUAAUCUGGAGACGUGUUUUAUACAACAGUGUUCUCUUUUCGACUCCCUCCGCAUUUGCAAUCAUGCUCUGCAAUCAAAAAUCUGCGUUAGAAAGGAUAACCUACACAUAGUGAGCAGCUCAUUAUAGACAGAAGCGCGCUACAAUCGACCAAUCCAAACUCAGCUCUCGGGAUGUCCAGCCCAUCCAUUAUCUCAGCCAAUCAUGGCUAGCAGGAAGGUUCCUGUCUUUUUCCGUGGCUAAACCAACUAGGCUCGUAAUUUAACGUUUUUAUUCAUAUUUACAUAUGGCAUACACGUUUGUUAUUAAGGCACAUGAAAUUUCACAUGUUCCAGAAGGCAUUUCUCCCAAAAAAUAUAAAUACAAUCCUGUGAAGUAGUGACAUAUGCCUAAGUAGUGACAUAUGCCUAGUUUCCUGAAACAAGUCACAAUUAUCAGUGACAAUCCAUAAUAUAAUCUGCCUAUGAAUGAGGGUGUUGUUGUUGCUUAUAUACCAACUUUUAUAUUUACCUAAAAUAGUCUAUAUGUUGUAAUGUAUUCUUGUCUUUUUAGCUCUCGCAAAGUAAGAAUAAAUAUGAAUGUCAAUAAACUUGAAUUUGAACAUCAGUUUGAAAUAAACAGGUUUAUUCACCAUUAACACAUUUAAAGUAAUUUCCAGACCUACAUUAUUCCAUUGAGAUUAUUUUUUCAAAAUUCCACCCAUUUACUAACGAAGAGUUACCCAGUACUUAUAGCUGUUUAGGUAUUUGAUAGACAUGGAAAUGAAGGUGUGCUUAUUCCUGUUCAGUUUACACGUAGGGGAACCCUAUAGCAUCUGCCUUAGGGGAGGAGCUGAUACUCAGAGUGGAGUACAUGGGAGUGGUCUGAAAAAAAAUUCUGGGCUUGCCUGAUAAUGGCUUGUUCAAAAAUGGUCUGCAGGGACAAAUGCUGCCUCACACCCAUGACCUUCAUGGCAGUUUGUGUCAAGCGGGCAAUUUGAGAUACAUUUCCAAAUCAGACUAUGAUGCCAUAUCUUAGGAUACUCUCUUAAGCAUUGUAACAGUGUUGCUUCUAUGCCUCUCCUUGCCCCAUCCUGAGCUCGAACCAGGGACCCUCUGAACAUCGACAACUGUCAUCCACAAAGCAUUGUUACCCGUCCCUUCACAAAAGCUGCGGCCCUUGCGAAGCAAGGUUCAGAUGUUUCAGAGCAGGGUGACGUCAAUGCUAACUAGCUAGCCAUUUCACAUAGGCUACAACAGCAUCGUUGAAAAGUUGCCCUUAGUCUGUGUCUGUGUGUGCGUGUAUGUGUUUCUCUUUUGAUUUUUCUUGCCUGUCCAAACCACAGUGGUUUUUGUCCUUCUUUAAACAAGACGUGCAUGUGGUGUUGGUUCCAAGCUGCAGAGUUUUUCAUAGAAAUGUCAGGUUAAAUGCAUCAUGUUAUGUGUUCAACCACAGUAUAACAUUACAAUCAUGAUUAGACAAAUUAAAUGAUCAGGUGUCUCCUCUCCCAACAGGAUUUGUGACAAAUGGAUACCAUGCCAGACAAAAUCCAUAUUAUAACUCUUCAGGUAUGUAGCUACGUGGAUGAGUACUCAUUUUGCACCUUGAUUUAUUGAUGUCUCGCUUCCACAACGGGCAAAGAGUCUAUGGAUUAUUUUGUUUGUGUGUGCAAUAUACUCUGAACAAAAAUAUAAACGCAACAUGUAAAGUGUUGGUCCCGUGUUUCAUGAGCUGAAAUAAAAGAUACCAGACAUUUUUCAUACGCACAAAAAGCUUAUUUCUCUCAAAUUAUGUGCACAAAUUUGUUUACAUCCCUGUUAGUGAAAAUUUCACCUUUACCAAGAUAAUCCAUCCACCUGACAGGUGUGGUAUAUCAAACAGCGUGAUCAUUACACUGGUGCACCUUGUGUUGGGGGACAAUAAAAGGCCACUCUAAAACUUGCAGUUUUGUCACACAAAUCAAAUCACAUUUUUAUUGAUCACAUAAACAUUUUUAGCAGAUGUUAUUGUGGGUGUAGCGAAAUGCUUGUAAAAAUGUAUAACACACACAAAAAAAUAUAUACAGCAAAGUUGCUGCCAUGUCUGUCAGCGCCAUCUUGCCACAGAUGUCUCAAGUUUUGAGAUGCGUGCAAUUGGCAUGCUGACUGCAGGAAUGUCCACCAGAGCUGUUGCUAGAGAAGUGAAUGUUCAUUUCUUUAACAUAAGCCACCUCCAACGUCGUUUUAGAGAAUUUGGCAGUACGUCCAACUGGCCUCACAACCGCAGAUCACAUGUAUGCCAUCGUGUGGGCGAGCAGUUAGCUGAUGUCAACGUUGUGAACAGAGUGCCCCAUGGUGGAGGUGGGGUGAUGGUAUGGGCUGGAAUAAGCUAUGGACAACAAACACAAUAGCAUUUUAUCGAUGGCAAUUUGAAUGCACAAACAUACAGUGACGAGAUCCUGAGGCCCAUUUUUCUUUACGCUAUCUGUGCCAAACAGAUGCAUAUCUGUAUUCCCAGUCAUGUGAAAUCCAUAGAUUAGGGCCUAAUUAAUUUAUUUCAAUUGACUGAUUUCCUCAUAUGAACUUCAACUCUGUAAAAUCUCUGAAAUUGUUGCAUGUUGCGUUUAUAUUUUUGUUCAGUAUAGUUCCAAGCUCUCUAAAAUAAAAAUGGUCUCAUACUUACCAAGAGCCUGAUAUAUUUGGUAAUCGUAGUGUGUGUGUGUGUGUGCGCGUUUGUGUGUGGGUGGGUGGGGAUUCUGUAGGAUACAGUGGCAGUAGUGGAGGACCUCAUACGCACCCCCAGAAUGGUCACCCUUACACUGGAGGUCUAUCAGAGGAGGAGCAGUACGAGGCAGCCAUCAGAGCCAGUCUCAAUGGCAGAGGUGAGACAACACAGGCCUGGGUUGUGUUCAUUAAGCAGUAGGCAACAAACGGAAGAAGACGGGGACUACCUGGACUUGUCAAAUAAGAAACACACAUUUAUAAUACUAUAAUAAGCUCACAGAGUUGCUGUCAAAAACUCCAAACUCCACACAGUUAUCACUGACUAGUUGGAUAUUAAUUUCCCACUAAGCAAACCAUUUCUGUACUUACAGCAUUCUUAUAAAUACUUUUUUUAUCAGGUUUUUGCUUGGCAGAAUUUAUUUUAGGAUUUGACAUUUGUCAAUAAAAUUCAUGAAUGCAUUUUUUUGUCAAAUGGGUUUGUGUUGUACUUGUAGCCCUGGUUGUCCUGAAUAUUUUUUUUUAUACACUUCAAUGUGAGGCUAAAUAUGAGGGCAGAGCAAGCGGAUGAAAGUAAGUAGUUAAUUUCAGCUUGUUUUGAUGUGGGAAGCCUUGGUACAACAGAGUUAAUUGUGCUGGUAAAUAGAGUUAAUUGGAAGUGCUUGAAUCUGUUUUGAUUUGAUUGAAGAUUUUUGAAGUCCUCCAUUUAAUCUAAAUGUUGGGUCAAAUAACUAAUCUAUAUGAGUGCCCGCAUCCCGAUCCAAGCCUACAGCCUCAGUCACAACACCUACAUGUGUCAAUCAUUAUAAUUCAGAAAAUAAAUAUUUCUUCUUAUGUCCCUUAGGGGGCUCCACUCAGAGAAGACCAACCUCGUAUGGUUUCAACAUCCCAGGAGAACUGACAGCAGAGGAGAUCAGGAGGCGGCGGCUCCAGAGGAUUGACCACUUAGACUGACCACUGACUGACCAAGCUGGACUAUUGGUUCAUUGGAGAAUAAAAUAUCACUUUCCUCAAGGAAUACUACACUGAAAAAGUCUAGUAUUUUGUCCAUCAGUCCACUGUUAAAAGUAGAAUCAGUGAAAUGACGUUGCACGAGCAGUACCGCAGAUAUUGCGAUGAGCAAGAUGCAAGACUUCGC